AUGGCUGACACCUCCAAGUUGCAUCCUGCGACUACCGUCACCAAUAUUAAAUCAUGCAUCCCUGUUGUGCUUGACUACGAAGAAAGCCAAUACAAUAACUGGGCUACCCUCUUCAAGCUCCAUUGUCAUGCAAACUUGGUCAUUGACCACAUCCUACCUCCUGCCUCCCCCACCGUGCCACCACCGGCAACUGCAACCGAAAAACUUGCUGCUAAAGCCCUAUGGGAACGGCUGGAUGACAUUGUUCGGCAAUGGAUAUAUGGUACGAUAUCGAAUGAUCUUCUCAACACGAUCAUUCAUCAAGAGGACAUCGCAGCCGAAGCUUGGGACCGUCUUGUUCAUCUCUUUCAGGACAACAAAUCGGCUAGGGCUCUUGCUCUUGAUGUAAAAUUCACCAACACAAAAUUGGUGGAUUUUCCGAAUGUGAAAGCAUACUGUACCAGGCUGAAAGUUCUUACAGACAAUCUCGCCAACGUCGGUCACAAAGUUUCCGACGAACGACUUGUGCAUUGUCUUCUGCGAGGGUUCUCGAAGGAAUAUAAAACUUUUCGCAUGGCGGUGCAGCACCGUACUCCUCUCCCAUCUUUUGACGUUGUCCGGUCGAUGCUUGAGCUUAAGGAGGAUAGCCAUGCCGAGGACGCCAUUCAUGACUCCGACUCGAAUGCUGCUCUUGUUUCCCACAAUGUUACUCCUUAG